ACCGCCGCCGCGUAACAGCCUGCUUGCUGCGGUGCGACCAUGGAGGGGAUGCUUAACUACUUCGUGCCGGAGGACGGGGAUUCGUCCGACCACCUGAACGUGGUGCCGCUGCCGCGCGUGGACCAGCUGCGGCUGCAGCACGUCAAGAAGAGCUUCCCUCUGCCUGGCGACUUCCACUUCCGCUUCAAAACGGCGUUCGAGGGCACUUACGUGUGGCUGGAUGUCGUGAACGACGCGGACCCGGUGCCGGACUUCAACGGCCUCGUCAUCUGCAAGAUCUCGAGGAUGCAGCGCGAGAGCUCGACGCGUCCACCCGAGAGGACGGAGACCCCCAAGGCCCAAGUGGAGCAGCCAGACCUCAUUGAGACGUCGGAACUCCCUCCGUCGCCUGCCAAGCGGGAGGAGCCUCAAGUGGCGCAGAAGACUUUCAACAACGACCUGGUUGGUCUGCUGUCGGACCCGGUGCCCGCACAGACGCCACAGGCUCCUUCAGCUCCCUCUCCAGUCCCGCCGCCGCCGGGUGCUGCUCCGUUCGAUGUGUUUGCCGGCAACAACACCGCGCACAUGCGACCGACGCCUAUCGCCGCCAAUAUGGGUGCAAACAACGGACCCCGAGGCUUGUCGCCGACUACGAACCAUGCUGGAGCGUACGGAGCUCAAGGAGGCUUCAACCCGAUGGGUUCUGGCGGCCCGUCGCCCAUGGCUCCUCGAGGUCCUAGCGGCAUGAACAUUAGUCAGAUGCACAUGGGAAUGGGCCAGCCCCAGGGCGGCAUGCAGCAGCAGCAACAGCAGCAGCAGAAUCGCUUCCAGGGCCUCCAGUGGCAAGGAAUGGGCCAGCAGCCGCAGCAGCAACAGCAACGGAACCCCAACACGAGGCAGUGGUAACCGUGGCUCGAAGCGAUCACACGGUUCGAGUACCGAGGGGUGGAGUGGCAAAAUGCCAGGUCCGUUGCCAAAAUAUAUUGAAAGUUUCCACAU